AUGCCCACCUAUCUCUGCCACGGCUUCCGGUGGCAGCGCCCCAGCAUUUGCAUUUUUGUGAUCCUACAGAACCUAGAGGACGCAUCGCCCCAUUGGAUCAUCUCUGCCAAGAGUUCCCAAUGCAUACUCAAUAGCUUCUACGAGAAAUUUGACUUUCUCCCCGACUGCAGUCCAACGAGCGGCAGCUCCACUCCCACAAAAGGGGUUGAUGUCGAUGAUGACGAUGAUACGGUCCGGUCCGGUCCCUUUCUACCCGCCAACGGUCCCAACAACGUGAAGGAUCGCAGUCAAAGCCGAGGUCGCGUCCGUGACCGUUCCCGGAGUCAAAGCACACACCAAAGCCGUAGCCAUAGCGACGCAACCCAGCGGCGUGUAUCAUCUCCCGGUACCGCUGGCGAUGAUGGCUCAGGGAUUACCGCGUCGUCUACCGCUGCACGGGACGCUCUCGCCGGGCAGUCAUGGUCGGCCGUCAAGCUCCUCGAGGAGUUCGACCCGAACGACCUGACCGCCGUCUCGCAGCCCCAUGCUUACGUGGCCGACUAUGCUAUUGCCAAGUAUGAGCAGCAGCAAGCUCAAAACACCCGGCCUGCCUUGGGCAAGGGGUGGUUUGAGAACCUACGUGACGAGCUGCAGCGGGAGGAGCAGAUACGGUGGUAUGUGGUUGUGAAUGAUGAUGAACUAGAGAGUAUUGCGGAGCAGGGAGCGGAAGAUCUGCGUCAGGAGGAUCAGCAGCAUCCACCACCACAGAAGCAGCAACAGCAGGUCCAAUAUCAGCCACAACCUCAUCGGCGAACACUGUCACGGAAACAAAACCGGCAUCAUGAGCAGUACGCCCAUCAGCAGCUCAUGUUGGAGGACGAGAGUCAAGAGCCACAUCAGCCACAACAACAACGGCGACUGACAUUCCAAAGGAGAUUAGAAACGAAAGGAAAGGGUCAAGAACGACAGGAACAGCAACGCAGGCGACAGGCGCGGGAGCGGAAGCAACAACAAAAACAGGAACUUCAGAGGUUGGUUCGGAAAGACCGAAGACUAGAGAAGACUCAAAAUAUUGAAGAUCAAGGCCGACUACUAGACACAAGACCACCUAUGCCACUAGGAGCACCACCGCCACCACCACCGCCCCAGAUCAACCACCUCGAAACGAGUAACGAACCUCCCUCCACAUCAAACCCACGGUCAACCCCGGUGGCGACCUCGACGACGAUGAGAUUCCCACUGAUGCCCGAGGUUGCGCCACCAUUACCACCACCACCCCUACUACCACCGCCACCACCACCACCAGAUGAACCACCCCGGCCCAAAGUAUCCGUCGAUGCGCUCCAGCCAAAAGCCCCAGGCGGUAAACGUGGUCUGCGGAGGCUUUUCUCCCGGUCGAAAUUUUCCGCUGAGUGA